CUUCCGGUUUGCACCAAACGCAAUCGGAAUGUUAAAGGCAGCGCAGCGGUUACAAUUGCUGACUCCUGUCUUUUUGUCCUCUAGUGCAACUUCCUGAUGAUGACGACGAGAACAUCCUCCCUCUUGCCUUGUGUUUUUGUCCCGCCCCAUACAAACUGCCAUUAACGCCCCAAUUGCCUACCUCCCACCCCGUGUCGAAUAGGAAGUUCCACCAAGCGCCUAAGAACCUGUGCGCUUGGUCUCUCUUCAGUUUGUGCUCGACGCUCUCUUAUUCACGUCCGGUGAUUCUCUUCAUAACGGAUUGAAAAUGCAGCGGAACAUCACCAAGUCCCACAUUUUGAUCGUGGUAAUAUUUUUUAGCCUCCUGGUACUUAUAUACGCCUACUUCAGAGAAAGCUUCUCACCUAUGAACUUUUGCAAGCCGUGUGUUUUCCCUGAGAAGGACAUAUUUGAACUGGAAAAUAAGCUUGAUGAGAUAAAUAACAAGGACAUGAGCGGGCAGUGCCUGAUAGGCGGCAAGAGGAUGGACAGAAUGGCAAUGGAUCUAGGACUAAAAUAUGCUCAGCCAAGCACGCUGAAUGGACGGAAAGACAUAAAUGCCGUGACAAACUGGAAUGCUCCUCUCGUCUGGGAAGGAACCUUUGAUCCUGUGGUUAUGGAUGCAAUCUAUAAGAAAAUGAACCCAAGAAUAGCUGUGGUGGUUUUUGCUGUUGGCAAGUACACUCGUUUUCUACAGAAAUUUAUUGAGACUGGUGAAAAGUAUUUCCUUGUUGGCUUCAAUGUCACUUACUACGUUCACACGGACAGAGAAAAUGAAGUCCCCAAGGUUCCUCUGGGUGAAGGCAGGAAGGUUACAGUUGUGUCCGUCCCAAGUGCAAAUCGCUGGCAGGAUGUUGUGCUGGGAAGGAUGAAAUGGGCAACCAUCACCAUUGAAAAGACGAUCCGUAAUGAGGCGGAUUAUUUGUUUAUGAUGGACAUAGACAGCGUCUUCUAUGCCCGGUUUGGAACCGAGUCCCUCAGUCGUCUUUCAGCUGUACUGCACCGGGGCUACUACAGGAAGACGCCAAGGGACAGUUUUCCUUAUGAGCGUCGACCUCAGUCCAAAGCCUAUAUUCCUGCUGGGGAAGGAGACUACUACUACACUGCAGCGGUGUGGUGUGGAUACCUGGAGGACAUGUACAAGCUAGUCAAGUACUGUUAUGAAAUGUCAGAGGAGGAUGCCAAAAACAAAAUCGAAGCUGUUUGGCAGGAGGAGAGUCAUCUCAACAGGUACCUGCUGACCAACAAACCGACCAAGGUGCUGUCUCCAGAAUACCUGUGGUCUGACUAUGAUGCUUUAACCCCUGACAUUAAAGUCAAAAGGAUCUCCCAGUUGGUUAAGAACUACGCAGAAGUUCGUCCAAAUGGUGGAAACUGAUGCUCACACUGCAGAAGCUGGUCUCAGGUUCUUCACAUUUUGCCUCUUAGUAGUUCUGGGGUUUGAGUUUUAGGUUUGGGGUUUUGGGUUUACACGACAAUACCCGUCUGUCGGGAUAUUUAUUACUGCACACAAAUCAAAACUUACCAGCCCGCUUUGAUUACCUUUGAUGAGUAGAUUUUUUUUUCCUAAAAUCUACUCAUAGCCUGUUGUAAAAGAAAAACAAUAACAAUUUGUUUAAAUUUUUCAAAAUAUUCAAAUUUGAAGCCUUACAUUUUGAUUGUUUGGCCACAAAGGAUCUUGCUGCUAAGUCCAAAAACGGUUUACAAUUUAUUUGUAAAUAUAUUUUUAUUCUUAUGUCCUCAGUGUGUAAUUUUUUUCUUCCCUGUUCUUGACUUUUAAGUCAAGAUGAAACCAAAAAAGGGAUGGCGUUAAAAUGACUUUAAAAGCCACUGACUGUAAUUUGAUUCAAAAUGUAUUUAUUAUUUUGUUUUUACACAAAAACAUAAUUUAAAUAUCCUCUGAUUUCACAUUUUUAUCCCCUUUUCUGCACAUUUAAAAUAUUUACAUAAUUUCUCUGUAAAUCUGAAAUUGCUAAAAAAAAAAAAAAAGAUAUGAAGAAACAUUUAAUUAAUUUGAGGUAAAUUAAAAAUUAUAUGAACAUGAAAUAAGUUGUACAAUGUAAUUGUUCAGCACCUCAGAGGUUUAAGUUGUAUACACAAUUAAAAACAUCUUUUUUGCAAUUAAAUAUUAAGAUUUGUAAGCGUCACUUAAAGUUCACAAACACUUUUUUGGCUCCCCUUGUAAAAAUGUGAUUCUGAAAUCUUCUUUCAGUGAAAAUACAUCCUGCACUACCUCUUAUAUUUGUUUUGCAUUUCUGUAGUUUGACUGCGUUUUAAAAAAAUGCUAUAGUAUCUUUAAAAGGAAUUGUCAUUUAUAAUAUAUUUUUCAGAAGAUCACAUCUGUUUAUUACAUUGCUUACAGAAUAUUGAUGUUAUAUAAGAACAUAUUCCCAUUGGUGAAAGGGUUUCUUUUGAAUGAAUUACAUUGUAAACCAUUUUCAAAGGGAAAUUAUUCAUUUGAAGAUGCCUCCUUGAAUUAACAAUUAGAUAUUUGUUUUUAUUUUAUUUUACUCAUUGGUGUUACGGAUUUUCUCCCAGAAAUAAAACAUAAAUAAAUGACAGCUUGUCAUCAUCUCUACCUGAGCAGCUCAGGUAGAGAUGCUCUUUUUAAUGCUCUUUUUAAUGUCUAAUUUAAUUAUUACAGUGAUAAAAAGAUUUUAAAGAUUAAGUUUUCUUUUUGAGACAUUACUUUUUAUUCUGGUAAGACUCAUUUUCUUUGCUUUGUGGAUGUCAGGAAUAUUUUUAUGAAGGUAAUGAUCAGUUUCAAAAACAGGAAGAUCUUCAUAAUUACAGAUCAAACUAAGAGUAGAAAAUAAAACAUGUGAAACAUAUUAGGGACAUUUGGUGUAUUACAGUGAGGAGUGGAGGCCUUAUUACAGAUGCUAUUUUAACUUUAAAAUGAUAUUUCGCAGGAUUUUAAAUUAAUUUGGUGAAGUGAAACAUUGUGUGUCAGCCUGUGGUUUUUAGAUUCAUGGAUGUGAGUGCUGAUUGUUCUUUAUGUGUGUGGAGUUUUUUUCUGAAAGUUGCUCUUUUGCUGUCUUUGCAAUGGUUGUUUUGACAAUCGGUUUUUAAUAGGCAAACUAAAGGCAAAAUAAAAUUCAAUUAAUGAAGGA